AAACAAUAUGGACGGAAUAUGUGCUUGACUGUGUUGAAGUGUUGAAAUGCCCAUCUUAUGUUGUGUGGUGCAGAACUGGACGAGUCCCACAUGAAGCACAAGCGGAGGGUGUUGCAGACCGCUCCACCCCUCCCCACCGAGCCUGUGUCGAGACCCGCUCCAUCAGAAAUCGUUCAUGCUCCGUCAAAAAAAGAGGUACACGGAGCACACCUGGGAGAGGUCUUAAAAGGGAAGGUGGGGAUUAAAUUCGAUUUGACUCAUUUCAGCAGUGAACACAUGUUUCAGCGGGCUGCGUUGUAUGGAAAUACUGGGAUGACUUGUGCUGGGAGGAAAACAGUCACGGAGGACGUAAAUAUUUGCAUGCCCUUGUUCACAGCAGUAACGCUCGUCGACUAAACUCAUCAAGAAACCUUUAUCGCGAAUGCUGAGGAACUGCACGCUCUUAACACGGCCAGUCAACGACUGAAAUACGCAUCCUGCUCCUGCAAGAUCGUGCUGUAAUUUUAUGUUGAACGGGACUGUCAAGAGUUUUUGAAGGUUUACGGGACUGUUGUUCCUAAUCUGCGGUCAUGCCGCAGGCAUCAUCUGAUCUCUUCCCUACUUGAAGGGAUUGAGUUUUUCCACAAAAAUAGAUACAUUGGGUUAUGGAGGUUUGACCUAAUUGGGCUGGGAUGCUAGUUGUUGCAUAUUUGACAUAAAAUAAAAAUUAUUUUAUUAUACAACUAAAUACGCAUGCGGAACCGAUAGUUUAUAUAAGUAAACUAAACAAUUUGCGUUACAUGAGUCUGGUGUGAGUGAUGUAACAUGUAGCCUACAUUUUGACAGGAAUUUACGCUAAUUCUUCAGGAAAUUGAGUGAGCAUUUUGUUAUAGAUUUUGUUUGCAAAUUCAAACGUUUACUAAAAGUUUACACGGUGAAAGUGUUUAUACAUUUAUUUAGUAAAUCCAUAUUCAUCUAGAAGUUUAUUGCCUGUGUCAUCUGUGAGAUGACAGGUGUAAAGUGAGCACAUAAUUGGCGCGAAUUUACACUUUUAGGGGCCGUUCGCCCUGAACGCGUUUUCGCGUGCUUCCGCGCUGUUUUACACUUGUUUUACUAUAUACACAAGCACUUCUAGAACGUCUUUAGCGUUGCUUUGUGUCUCGCUAAGUCACGCGCAGGAGUGCCGCAUUUUUAGACGCCGUGUCAGUUCAAAAGAACGUCAGUUAUUAAAACGCGUCACGAGACGCCUGCGUUCUGCUUUAUACCUUGCGCUGCGCCGAGCUUUACGGUCCGAACGCACACAACGUAAACAAUUUGUCACAAGCAAACUUUACAGGAGCGAUAACGCGUCAACACAAAUGUAAUCCCAUAUGCAACGUAAAAGACUUCGAAAAGUUGUCUCCGUUUGCUGUUCUUAUUAAUGUGUACGCAUUUUGAAAGUAUGCCCAGUCGUGAGGCCCUUUGAGCCUCUAUAACCAAAUAUGGGAGCGAAGCAGACGAAGGCCGUGGGACAGGAGGCUGGAGCGAGUCCUCCGAGCGCAGGAUGGAAACGGACACCCACAAAAGAGCGGGGCGACAUCCUCAACUCUUCAAUGUUGAGGUCAGGGGAUAAAUUGAGGAGCAGCGGGGCUCCUCCACCCUACCAGCGACGCAUCGGGAUGAUACAAGAGAUGAUGCUGAUGGCAAAGCAGGGGAAACACGACGAGGCGACAGAGAUGCUGAAAACUCUCCGGCAGGAUCUGGGAAUGGAGUCAACCUCUCUGGACGAUGUUCUGUAUCGAUAUGCCAGUUUCCGCAACCUGGUGGAUCCCAUUACGCAUGACCUCAUAAUUAGCCUGGCCAAAUAUGUUCACUGCCCAAAGACGGAGGGGGACGCUCUGGGUGCCAUGGAGAAGGUGUGCCGUCAGCUGACCUACCACCUGAGCCCACACUCACAGUGGAGACGGCAGGGGCUGCUAAAGAGGAAGCCGCAGUCCUGUCUGAAAUCUGUUCUUUCAGGCCCUCCAUCCAGUGGGACAUUAGACCUCUCUGGCAUCCCUCUUGGCGUAAAAGACAUGGAACGACUCUGUGCCUAUCUGCAUCACCAAGCAUCCCACAUCUGCAGCAUGGAGUUGGGCUUUACUGAGCUCACAGACGAUGCCUUCCUUCUGCUCCUCCCUACACUGACGUCCCUUCCCCACCUCGAGACUUUGGCCCUCAAUGGCAACAGACUGACCCGCGCAGUGCUCAGAGAGCUCACAGACACGCUGAAGGAUCCAGACAGCUUUCCCAGCGUCACUUGGAUUGACCUGGGGAACAACGUGGACAUCUUCUCCCUCCCACAGUCUUUCCUGUUGAGCCUGCGCAAACGUUGUCCCAAAAAGGGCAACCUACCCACCAUCCUUGAGUUUGGAGAGAGCCAGGCCAGUGAACCAGAGGGCAGAGUGGAUGAGGAUGAUGCAGAUGAUACGAACAGGACAGAGAGCCUAGGAGAGCUCAGGUCUGAGGUGGAGGAAGAGAUUGAUGGUGAGAUGGAGAUCGAAGACAUGAUGGAGGAGUUGCUAGACUUUGAUAGGGAGGUGCAGGGUAAGGAUGAGGAUGACAGUAUGUGGACCUUGGAGGAGCAAAGGUUGGUGAAAGAUCCAACCAUUAGACGGAGCAAAGAGAAGAAACCGUCUAAAGCAGAGGACGAAGAGGACUUGCAUAGUCUGUCUUCCCAUCUGUCUUGCUCCAGCCAGUCUCAGCACUCUUCCGGAGCCAUUGAGCCUCUGAGAGAGGACUCUGUCCCAGAGCAGUUAACUGGUCAUUCAGUCAACCCUACCUGAUCAAAGCCACUGUCUAAUUUGAUUAGACAUUGCAACCUUUCUGCCCUUUAGGAAAAAGAGAAUGGAAGCAUCUGCCAGGCUGUCAAACGUUCUCAGUUUGGUGCCAAAACUGAGAGAGUGAUGUUCAUGUAGUCAUGAAAUUCAACAGGUUUCAUAGGGUUGACAAUCACUGAAACUGAAAUGUAUGCGUAAUUGAAUAAGGUAUCACAGUGAUGUUGCUAUUGUUAAUGAUUGUCUAUUGUUGCAAAGGGAGAACAUGAAAUGUACACAACUACAAGAAUAUACACAGAUUACAUGUUAUUAUACCUUAUCAAACUCUGCUUUGAAGUUUUGUAGUCAGGGUUUCCCCCUCACUUUCAUAACCAUUAACCUCUGCCUAUGUGCCUGUUCACCACCCGGCUGGAGAGGUGUGUGUGUAGGAGUGUAUUUUGGUGUUUUUCAUUGCUUGCGAGAGAUAGAUGUAUGCAGGAAAUCAAAAACUCGGGUAGAUUGGGCACCUCCAGAUCUUAUAUUAAAUUAUGUGUCCAUCUAUGCCUCUAAGUGUUGCAAGCACCACAUUCUCUCCAGCAGUAGCAAAUCUAAAUUCUAUUCAGUACUGUAAAAUGAAUAUGCAUGUCCCAAGUGUCAGAUGGAUGGGACACAGAUGAGAUCAUAUUAAGUGCCCAUGAUUUUAACAGUAGAAACCAAAACCUCUUGUCAAAGUAUUGCCCCAAAAUUAUUUGUUUGUGUGAUACUGAGCAGUGCUUUAAAAGGGACUGAAGCCAAAGAGAAAAGACUCCCUCCACAUAUCCACAUGUCGUAUAGCUACACAAGAGUAAAAUGCUGAUUGUCUGUUGUUCUGCUUGACAUGAAUAUAGAAGAGAAUGCAUGAUGUGGCUUUUGACGAGUUGGUUUUUCAGCUCUGUUCUUUAACAUAGAUCUUAAAAUAAUUUAAAAUUACAUUAAUGUUGGAUUUUAAUUGUGCAUUGAUAAUUAAAGAUUAAGAUAUUUCAUAAUAUAAACGUCUAUAUAGUGCCUAAUUAUCUGAAUACAAUUGCAUUAGUCAAAAGUAGUUCUAAUAAGCCUGUAUGUAAUUUCAAUAA